AUGCCUCAGCAAGCUGUUGCUGCAACGCAAGCACUAGCUGAAGAAAGAAGAAGCCAAAGUGGAAGUAGCCCAAUACCCGGUUCUUCUGCCAUAAAUACAAAGACUACUAAGCCAGUAAUUGAUGGUUCAGCUUUAAGAACAGAUGAAAGGCAGAGGUUAGCUCGGGAACGCAGAGAAGAGCGUGAGAAGCUAAAUGCUGCCAGAGAUUCUCAAAUAAUUGCAAGAGAGAAAAAAGCAAAACUCCAGUAUGAAAAACAAAUGGAAGAUAAACUUAGAAAACUGGAGGAACAAAAGCAAAAGGAUGAACAGAAGAGGAUAGCGGUUUCAGAAAAAAGGAAACAGAAAAUUCUUGAAGAAAAGGAACGCCGGGAAGCAAAUGUACGUCAAACUAUUGAAAAAAGCAGUCAACUAGAGCAGCGACAAAAAAGGUGGUCUUGGAGUGGAUCAGAGACAGACUGCAAUAGUGCUAGCAAGCACUCUACCUCAACGACAAAUUUAAAACAGACAGAAAUUGGCAUUAGUAAACGCUUCUCUUCCUCUUCGGCCACUCUGCAGAGUUCUUCAAGGCAAGGUAAGCCCCUCAGGAUUUAUCUAAAGUUGUCAUACAAAUUUCAGCUCCUGUUGUUGCAGAACAUGUUGAAAAAUCUAAAAACUGCAAAUACUCAGAUUACUGGAUUGUUCUAA